CUUCAGCGCUGGGCGACUCGGCCGCCUUUUCCUCCCCCAGCGGACGCCUCGGAUUCUGGUUUCAAACCCGAAGAAGCGUGCAAGCAGCCUCCCCCUGACCCCGUCAUGGCCGAAGAACAGCCCCAGGUUGAGCUGUUUGUAAAGGCAGGCAGUGAUGGAGCAAAAAUUGGGAACUGCCCUUUCUCCCAGCGGCUCUUCAUGGUCCUUUGGCUCAAGGGAGUCACCUUCAAUGUCACCACGGUGGACACCAAAAGGAGGACCGAGACAGUGCAGAAACUCUGCCCGGGAGGUCAGCUACCGUUCCUGAUGUACGGGACCGAGGUCCAUACGGACACCAAUAAGAUCGAAGAAUUUCUGGAAGAAGUUCUGAGCCCUCCCAAGUACCCCAAGUUGGCUGCUCGCAACCCUGAGUCCAACACAGCCGGUCUUGAUGUAUUUGCCAAGUUCUCUGCCUACAUCAAGAACUCAAUCCCAGCAUCCAAUACCCAUUUCGAGACAGGCUUGCUGAAAGCACUGAAGGUGCUGGACAUUUAUUUGAUAACGCCGCUUCCAGAGGAGGUGGAUGAGAACAGUGCCGAGGAUGAGGGCCAGUCCAACCGCAAAUUCCUCGAUGGGGAUGAACUCACGUUGGCGGACUGCAACCUGCUGCCCAAGCUUCACAUUGUCAAGGUGGUGUCCAAGAAAUACCGUGGCUUCACCAUCCCUGAGGAAUUCCGUGGCAUCCACCGCUAUCUCAAGAACGCUUACGCCCGCGAGGAAUUUGCCAGCACUUGCCCGGACGAUGAAGAGAUCGAAUUAGCUUAUGAGCUGGUUGCCAAAGCUUUGAAAUAACAAACUUGAGAGUGGGAAAAGGGACGUGGGGCCUUCUGUGGCAGGGUUUGUUGGGGUUGGGCCCAUUGAGGGACCAUUUUUUAUGUAUGUACUUGUGUUUGGCAGCAGGAAGGGAGGGGGGUUGUCUAAUUUUCCGUAAGGGACAAAAUGAUUUGAAUUUAAAUAUGACCAAGAAUAAAAUAAAGUACUUGUUUUUAAAAGUACCAAA